AUGCGCGCGCUUCUCCUCGUCGGCUGCCUCGCCGUCGUCGUGUCUCUGGCACCGGCUCCGAAGCGCACCGUCGCCCGUCGCGCGGCGCUCCUCGGCUUCUCCUCGGCCGCCGUCCUCGCGCCGGCCGCGGCGCGGGCCGAGGACGUGCUGGAGACGGCCGGCAAGCUCGUCACCGUCCUGAAGCCGCUCUACGGCUUCGAGGCGCCGCUCCAGGCCGGCGCCUACGACAGGGCCGCCGUGCGCGCGCGCAUCGAACGAGACGUCCGGAGCGGCCCCGUCGUCGUCUACUCGUACACGCUGUCCCCCUUCUGCACCGAGGCCAAGGCGCUCCUCGCCGCGCAGGGCGCCAGGGUCACGACGAGCAUGCCGCACGUCUUCAUCGGCGGCGCGUCCAUCGGCGGCCUGGCCUCCGGCACGCCGGGCCUCAAGGCGCUCCUCAGGGACGGCAGCCUGCGCGACAAGCUCGAGGCGGCCGGCGCGUUGUGA